AUGUGCGGAAUUUUUGCUGUACACAACGUCGAGAACCCGAGCGCAGAGCGCCCGAGGUUUAUUGCGAUGAGCAAGCGUCAGCGCCAUCGCGGCCCGGACUGGUCGGGCUGCUUCUGCGGCCGGAGAUCGGUGCUCGUGCAUGAACGUCUCGCAAUCGUUGGCGUCGUCUCUGGCGCUCAGCCGAUCACUGGCGAGGACAGCAAAAUCGCUCUCUGCGUCAACGGCGAGAUCUACAACCACUAUGAUCUGCGCGCCGAGUUCAGCGAGUACAACUUCAAGACGCAUUCGGACUGCGAAGUCAUCAUCCCGAUGUACAAGAAAUACGGCAAGGAGCUGUGCUCGAAACUCGACGGCAUGUUUUCCUUCGUUUUGCUGGACGAGUCCGUGAACCCGCCUCGCAUCAUCGCCGCACGCGACCCUAUCGGCAUCACCACACUCUACCAGGGCUGGAGCUCCAAGACGCCCGGCGCCACCUACUUCGCGUCUGAGCUCAAGUGCCUUGUCGACGAGUGCGACAAGAUCAUCUCUUUCCCGCCGGGACACAUCUACGACUCGGCCGACGACUCCACAACGCGCUAUUACUCGCCAUCAUGGUGGGACGGCGACGCGGAUGGCGCCGCACGCCCGACGCAGCCUGCCGAUCUCAAGCUCGUCCGCGAGACGCUCGAAUUUGCCGUCAAGAAGCGCCUUAUGUCCGAAGUGCCAUACGGUGUUUUGCUGUCCGGCGGACUCGACAGCAGUCUCAUUGCCGCCAUCGCUGCACGUGAAACAGAAAAGGUCGCUCAUGCGCAGUGGGAGUUGAAGCAAAAGGGGAUGGCGCAGUCUGGUGCACCCGCCGAGCUGCUUGAGGAAGCACGCCUCGCGACGUGGCCUCAGUUGCACUCGUUCUCAAUUGGUCUGGAGGGCUCGCCUGACCUCUUGGCGGCAAGGAAAGCAGCAGACUUCCUAGGGACAGUACAUCACGAGUAUGUCUUCACUGUGGAGGAGGGUCUGGACGCAAUACCGGAGGUUAUCCAUCAUCUUGAGACCUUCGAUGUUACGACGGUGCGCGCAAGUACACCGAUGUACUUGUUGAGCCGCAAGAUCAAGGCGAUGGGUGUGAAGAUGGUGUUGUCCGGCGAGGGCUCGGACGAGAUCUUCGGUGGUUACCUCUACUUCCAUGCGGCACCUGAUGCGGACUCCUUCCACCAAGAACUCGUACGCCGCGUCAAAAACCUGCACACAGCCGACUGUCUGCGCGCCAACAAGUCGACCAUGGCAUGGGGCCUCGAGGCGCGCGUACCCUUCCUCGACAAGGCGUUCUUGGACGUCGCCAUGACCAUCGACGCAAAAGAAAAGAUGUUCUCCAAGGGUGUCGCUCAGACAAAAGACGCGGACGGCCGUCCACACAUGGAGAAGUACAUCCUGCGCAAAGCGUUCGACUGCGCGCCGGACGGCAAACCAUAUCUCCCCGACGAGAUCCUCUGGCGCCAGAAGGAGCAGUUCUCGGACGGUGUCGGGUACUCGUGGAUCGACGGAAUGAAGGACCAGGCCGCGCGCGUUGUCUCCGAUGAGGCACUGGCGAAGGCCGCGGAACGCUGGCCUGAAAGCACGCCUGAUACGAAGGAGGCGUACUGGAUCCGCGAGAUCUUCGACCAGUACUUCCCGUCUGAGGCAGCUGCGAAGACGGCUGUGCGCUGGAUCCCUCGUGGCGAUUGGGGGUGCGCACCGGAUCCUAGCGGACGUAGUGUCAGCAUUCACAACUCUGCGUACGACGGCAAGGCGGAGUAG